UCGAGUCUUGGAAAACCACACGCAGCAGCGUUCAAGAUUUAGUUGUUUCGUUUCCCACCUGCUGAGCUGACCGAUCAGGCAGACAAACAUCGAUAAAGACUUUCACCGUGUGUCCAGCUCAACGAUCCGCUGAUCAUCAUCAUCAUGGCUCUGGAUGGAUGUGGCUUGUUCUGCAAAUAUAUCCUCAUCAUUUUCAACAUCAUCUUCGCGGUGGUGGGGUUUGCCUUCCUUGGACUUGGUUUGUGGUUGAGGUUCAGCGACAACACAAGAGCGAUCUUCCAUGUGGAGGAAUUAAGCUCCAGCGCAUUUGUUAUGGGUGUGACUGUGCUGAUCGCUCUCGGGGCAGUGAUGCUGUUUGUGGUGAUGUUUGGAGACUACGGUGCCUGCAACGAGAAGAGAUGCGCUCUGCAAGUGUUCUCCGCCCUUCUGGCCAUACUGGCUACACUGGUAGUUGUUGUUGGAGUGCUUGUCAACAUUAAAAGCAAUGAGGUUGGACUCAGGUUUGCCGAGUUCUAUGCUAGCUUGUAUACUCUCUAUGUGGCCAAUCAAGACCCAGGAAUUGCUGUCACACUCACCUUCCUCCACAACACUCUUCACUGCUGUGGAUUAACUGGCGUCUCCAUAAUAGAGCUCGUUAAGCAGACCUGCCCCGAACCAGAUGGGUUUUUUGAACACAUCAAGAUGGAUAGCUGUCCUGGCGUCAUUGCAGAUGUCUUUAUCGGUAAAGCACCAAUGAUGAUGGGCAUCUUCGUUGGAACUGGAGUGCUCCUGUUCAUUGCUCUGAUUUGCAGCAUUACCCUCAGCAGAAAGAUCGUUUCUGCCUCAACACCUCAGUACAUUAUCCUGACUCAGACCACUUCUACUCAGGCUAACUUUCUGCCAGCUCAGCAUGAAGUAGUCACCAGCACACGUGCUGACCAGGAGCCGGUCUUUUUCACUCCUCUCAGCGCAGCCAACAUCCCUGUGGCUUAUGCUUAGUGCACUCUUCAUUCUCACUGCGCUUUUCUCGCCAUUUUGAUUUUACUCCACAUUGCUUUAGUGUGAAUUACACAUACUCUAUCUGCUGCUCUCAGCAUUGUCUCAAAUUUUUAUCAUUAGUUAUAGGAGAAAUCCAACCUAACACACACACACGACUCAGCUUACAGUUGACAGGUUUGACAGCAGAUCACAGCAUUUAGCAAAUGAGUUUUCACAUUUUUAAAUCACCAAAGUUGCUUCAUCUGCAGAAGGAUUGACAUUUGCUGGCAAAACAGUAUAAGAAACCCUCUGGCGCUCUGAAUAUUCCCUCCACCACUAGUCAACUCUUCAAUCUUUACUUUAGUGCCUUUAAACACACACGGCCAGUAUAUCAACAGGGUUGGAUUUGUCCUGUUUGUUUCGACUUCUCUCUCACACUUUCUCAAACACUUCUGUAGCUGCGUGCUAUCUGAUUGCUGUGGCUGGAAGGUCUAGCCUCCUUCACACUCUUUCACCUGUUGCUGGUUCAGUUCUUGGGAUGAUGUAGUGGGUUGGUCAUUGCAUAGCUCUUUAUCCCAUCCCUGCUCUUUACUUGCCCUCCUCCUUUGUCUGCACAACAGAUGAUGGCCAUGGUCUGCACCAUAGUUCUCCUGAACCAGCUCAAGAAUGCCCAUCAGGAGAGGACAGUGUACUACUCAAAUGUGUACUAAGAGG